AUGGCAAGCAGCAGCAGAGCCCCGCUCUGCAAAGUCUGCGAGGACCCCCUCGUAACACAAGUCGACGACGGCGAGGCCCCCAUCCAGGACGAUCUAGAACUACCCUGCGGCUGCCACUACCACUGGCAGUGCCUCCUCGACCAGGCGAGUCACAUAGCACUGACACUCACCUGCCCGUCGUGCGACAAGUACCUCCCGUCCAACAGCCCCGGGCCAUCCGUGACCAACCCGGUGCACCACACAGCGCAGAACCAACCCACCAUCAACACGCGCUACGCCUCGGAAGAUGGCGUCGAGGAAAAUUACGACAUCCUGCCCACACUAACGGAGGAGGCCUACCUGGAAUCCCACCCAGACGAGCGGCGGCCGCGCGCCUUCCACACCAUGUGCGGCGAGGGCGACGUGCUGGGCGCGGUGGAGCUGCUGAGCGACGCCGCGGCGGACGGCGACGACGUCGCCGCCAUCCUGCUGUACCGCGACUCGCUCGCGCGCGGCCGCACCGCCCUGCACCUCGCCGUCGAGAAGGCCCAGGAGGAGGCCGUCUGGCUGCUGCUGUUCCUCGGCAGCCCGGGCCUGUCGCUCGACAACUUCCCGCAGGAGGCGCUCGCCGCCGCGCAGGGCAUGGGCCUCGACCGCAUGCCUGCCCGCGGCGAGGACGUCCGCGCUGCUCGGGAUGAUGACGGGCGGACGCCGGAGGACUAUGCUAGGGCUUUGCCGCAUCAGUGGGAGCGGUUGGUGAAUGCUGGUGUGCUGCGGCCUUGA